AUUCACAAUUAAGUGGCGCUAAUUGGGAAUUAUCUUACACAAUACAGCUGGAACCUUAUAGCUAUACCUUUUCGAUCCGUUUUGUUCAUUUGGCUGCAAACAACAAGUUUUGUUCGUGUUAUCUGAAAUAUGAUUUAACUUUGAUAUAGUUUUUCCAAACGUGGAUCUGGCCAUUUUAGGCCUUUGUUCUACAUUUUAGCAUAUCACUGUGUUUAAUUUUACAACACAAUCUGUCAUGGUCGAUUGAUCUUCUUAAACAGGGAACUACCUACAACACAUGGACCUUUGGUAUUUAUAGGAUGCGAUUAUCACUAUCUCAACGAAUUUAUAAAUGUACCUAGAGUGUAGAUAUGUCCGAAACAAGCGAUGAUAGACUCUCGUUUUGCUUAGAUCGAAUGCGAGAUAGAGCACAAGAUGUGCUAAACAUCGAUCUACAAAAACUCUCAAAAAGAAGUAGAAUCGAGACUUUACAGACAUUAAGAAAGCAACUAGCAGAGAAAAGACGUGAAGAAUUUCUUGAACGACUAAAACGAUUUUCUAGCUAUAAUGCCAGGCACAUAGAUAACAAUUAUUCUGGCAAUAAUUCUCAAGAUUAUAAUAAUUCCAGUGACUCAGAAGAUAGCUCUGCGUUGAGUGUUAUGUUUAACUCCAGAUAUUUUUCUAUAAAAUCCUUCGUGUCCAAGAACAUCACAUCAAUACUAGUGUGGCCAGAUUUUAUAAUAGCUACCGAUACUCAUAUAAGGGAAGAAGCUACAGCUCUGUGUAAUAGUCUUGUUUGUGUGAGACCAGAAGGGCAUAGAGUUCUUGUGCUUGUAGACAAUUUUUGUGCAAUUGAAUUUAGCAAAAAUGGGAAAAUAAGAAGACGCUUCAAGGUGCAUUUUACCAGAGGUCCUACGAUACUUGAUUGUGUUUUACUUGAUUAUAAUAAAAAACUAGAGGUGAAAGACCUACACUAUUAUGUCUCCGAUAUUUUGAUGUAUAAUGGAUGCCUUUUGGCAUCAUCUGAAGCGGCAUGCCGCAUAUUUAUUAUGCGUAGCAGGUUGGAGGAAGCAUACAUAUCCCGUCCUAUAGGGGAACCAAUUUUUACUCCUUUGGAAUACAAAGAAUGUACUCGUGAAUCUAUGAUUGAUGCAUAUUACAGCAUGAACGAUCUAGAGCACGAAAAGGACUCUUUAGUUUUUGUGGAUAAAAAUGCCGGCUAUAUUGGAGGAUAUAAUCCUAACUGGUUAUGCUGGAGAGAUGGAAACACUAGUAAAUACGCAUCAACAUGUGAAGUAAGGGCCAAGGUUAUCGUAGAAGGUUCCUUCUUGAAAACGCUUGACGAUGUUAUAAUUGGCAGUGUUCCAGAUGGAGUAAACUUGGAGGACUCCGAUAUCGCAACAAUUAGAAUACAUGAUGUUAAUCUGAAAGAUACAAAGAUCACCAGUUUUCAAAUAUGUGAGCAGACACUUACCCGAGGUCAUAAAGCCAGGCGAGUUGCAGAUCCAAUGCGAAAAAUAAUAAGGGCCUGGUUAAACACAAAGACUAAUCCAGAGUUCUCAUUCAAUAGACUUAUAGACACUGUUUCAACCUUUUCAAAUAAAUUCUGA